AUGGUCGAUCGAUUUUCUGCACAGGCCUCUCACCGAUUUCUGCCUUCAACUCUACUGCUUCCUGACCGAUGGCCUGGUCCAUCUACCCAGACGAAUUCCGUUGGUCCACCGAUCAACCAAUCAAUGUAUAUGCCUUUCCAGCCUAUCGGCGCUUCGUCGGUGGAGUUGGUUCUGCAUCUUUCAGCUCUAGGUGGUGUUGUCAUCAGCACUGGCCAGGCCUCACAGGCAGUCGUCAUCGCUACACGCGUCUUUGUCCAUUAUUGA